AACAAAAUGGCGGCAGUUAUUAAGGUUCGUUUCGAUUGGAAGUAUGUUUUUGAUUUCCCAGCUUCGUAGCAGAUUUCGAUUGUUGUAUGAUCAGUAGGAUGGAUAAAGGCAGGAAAAGAUCCCGCCAUCACUUUGAAAGAGGAAAAUCUCCUAAGAAGGAAAGACAAAAGAGGAGUUUAGUAUGGGAAGAUCAUCGCUCCACUUUAGAUGAACUUUUCUUCAGGAACAGUGAUUUGAUCAAAAGGUUCGUCAGUCCACAACGGGCGUGUGUUAAACCAGUAGAAUUAUGCUCGUUCAGUGUAUAUGUAGAUUAGAUGGAGCUUUUAAUCAAGUAAAUAUCGUUACUUUAAACAGGGGAAGUCAAGAGUAUAAGGACUUCUGGCUUUUUCUUGAACGUUACGAAUCUUUUCAUCAAAGACACGCGGAAAAGCAUCCAAGAUCAGGUAAAUCUACACGACAACAUUCCUUCUUUAUCACGUUUAUAGUGAGUGGUAGAUGUACGAUAGUUCUAUUAGCCACUUUGAUUUAAGUCAGUCACAUUAUUUGUAUACUGUCUUUGAAGUCAUCGUUUUUCUCUCUGACAGAACGAAUCAAAGACAGGGUAUCUCCUAAGCUUGGUCUUCCCUUGUCAUAUGACAGACGGUACAAAAUAAAUGUUGCUCUGUUGUCAAAGGAUGUUACUGAUGUGACACAGUACAGCACUUCAGGGAAAAAGAGAGGUACUUUAGUUUUGCAAUCAAUCCAUUACUGCAAGACAGCAAUCAGCUACUCACCAUAGGGAUCUGAUGUGCCACUAGGGACCCUGGGGAUUUGCUCAAGUGCUUAACCAACACCAAUACCAUGUGGGUGUGGAACAAAGCUAUUCUGAUAAUGUCCUGACUGCUAGGAGCAAAAAAGGGACCUAUAACAAAAUACCUCCCAUGAAGAUCAUUGUGAUCAUUAUACCUAAAGUUUCUGCAGUUCAGUGUAACAUUUUAGAUAUAACUUUUUUCUUCCCUGCAGUCAUCUUAAUGUUACACACAGGCCAGGGAAGACAGCUGACCUCAUGUUACAAAUCCCAGAGUCAGCCUUUCCCCAACUUUCUAAGGCACAAAAAAUUUAAAUAACAAACCUCAUCAAAUGCCCCAAGGCCCCCUUAGGUACUGCAGGGCUCAACCACUUCAGGAAGCUUCUGAUUAUACAUAUUCAGUCUUAUAGUUUUGAUUAAGUGAUUACUAUUAUAUACUGUUCUUACCACUCAAUACUGACAUAUUUGUAAAGUUUAUUUAGGAGAUUGUUUUCCAUGUAGUAGGGUGUGAAACAUUUAAUAAUUUUACAUCGCUGAAGGCUUCAGUAUUUAUAUUUUCUUUUUUAUAGUUUACUCAAAGGGUGAGAGAACUUCAGGAGAACUGACAAGAGAAGAGUUUUCUGAGUUUAAAUCCAUCUUGCUGUUUUAUGUUGAUUUCUGCCAGAAACAAAAGGUAAUGGUCAUUGGUUAAAUUAUAUCGUGGCAAGAGCUGUCAUUAAAAUUAUUCGCACAGCCAUUACUCUUCUUACAUGUAAAGUAACAAGAGGGCACUUAACAGGUUUGUUUGUGAUGCUGUGCACAGAACUAAAGCAACCUGUGUCAUACAGUAUAAUGAUUAAUGUUAAUGUACAACUGUUUUUGUCUUUACAUGUAGUACAACUGUGAUUUAUAGUACACAAUCAUUGGCUAUUGUUAUGAGCAAUCUGAACCCUUUCCAGCAGAACCUUUCUUUUACUCGCUCAAUUUUGGCAUACUUGAGAAAGACUGUAAAAUCUUUGUUGAGAAUGUGCGACAUGUUGCUAGGAUAUAGUUUCGAACCCAAGCCUACAUGAUUGUAAUAGCCAUGCACUACAGUGGUCACAGGUAGGACCGUCAGUUUAUCAAUAAUGGAUCAGAGCUAUCAUUAAGAGGCAGGGCCCGGGGAUUUCCCCGGGCUACUAAGAACGUGGUCCCGGCUACUUUCAAAGGAAAAUAAAAGAAACAUAGAACGAAAAAAACCCCUAGCUGUUUGAUUCCCCGCCUACUUGUUGUGUUUACCUGGCACCUUGAAAUCGUAGUGACAACCCUGACGGAUGCUCACAAUUCAAAAAAAAAAUUAAACGGUUGCUGUAGAGGGGAGAAAACAAGAUUUUCUAGUCUAGAAGUUGAGGCUGUGGUGACCUCAAAGGCUGUGUGGGAUUUAUGCAAAGGUUUCCUUUUCUCCUCCUCACUCAAAGAAACAAAAGAAGGCUGAGUGAUCUGCUGUUUACUCAUCGUCAUUUUUCAUCAAUUUUUGAAAACCAUUGUGCUGUAAUAAACUACUGUAUGCACUUAUUUAAUUUUCUCAAUAACUGCAGUUUUCCAAACUGGUCAAGUUAAAAAAGGAUCAGGCAAAUCUUCCCAUCAGCCAUUUCAAGGAUCAAAUUGUGGACGCAAUAGGAGGCCAUCAGGUCAUUAUCAUUGCUGGUGAUACAGGCUGUGGAAAAUCAACUCAGGUACAGGGUUUAAGAAAAAUUACUUACAGAACUCAUAGUCCAACAGCUUCAGGUCAUGUGUGGGCAAUCCUCUAUGUCUCCAAAAUAGACCUUAUUCAUGACUAACCCGCCAUCUUUGCAUGCCCCUUAGGGUUGAUGGGGUAAAUGCAAUGUCACUGGAUUUUUCCAGGGGCAAACAAGUUAUAAAAUUUGGCAGUAGGAGUAAUGGCGCGCAGUGGAGUUUGUUUAUUCUCUCUGUUAGACUUUCUCGAAGUCUUUGUUCUGGUAGUUGGCCACAGCACACCCGCUCUCUCACUCGCUUUUAUGGCAGAAAACGUAAGAAAUCUACCGCUAAUGCUUAGUGCUCAUGAAAAAAAAAAAAAAAGAACUCAACUUGUGGGCAAGUCUGUGUCUCGAUGUACAACAUUUAAAGUUCGAGUUUCAACAAGUUUUUGAUCAUACAAUUCCUUGCUGUAAAGAAAUCUACGGUCAACAACUGCAUUCUGAGUUGUUCAUUUUCUAUUGUCUAGAUUAAACAAGUUCGAUAGUUAUUCCUUGUAUGGGCAGAUUUUAUUACUUGUUUACCCCUAGAGAUACCACGUGACAUUACAUUUAUCCCAUCAAUCCCUCCAUUCUAAGCGCCUGCAAGGAUGGCGAGUCUCGUGAAUAAGGUCUAUUGAGCGCAUAAUUUUGGGAUAAAUACAAAUCAUCCAUCUUGACUUAGAAGGGUUGAAAACUUUUGGUGCACGAGGCUCAACCAGGAGAUUGUGAGGUAUUCAGGGUCAAAUACACAUAUAACAAUCACCGUAUUAACAUGAAGAUUUUCUCAUUUUGUCGCGUUAUUAAAUAGUGCUACAACAUUUUUGAUAUUUUUGCUUUUUGAUGCUUAGUACUCCAUACUGGUUACAAACUACACUUUUUUAGUUUAUAGCAUGUAUGUUAGGAUUUUGUCCACAGUAUACUGUCUUAUAUUGACUUUCAAAAUGAGAAGGUUCACAAAGGCUGAAGAAGAUGAAAAAGUACGUAACAAACUGUAAAAGCGUUAAAUAACAGGCUUCGCACGGGUCAUGGAAAACCUGGAAAGUCAUGGAAUUUAAGAAUUUUAUUUUCCACGACCUGGGAAGUCAUGGAAUUUAAUUGUCUGUCCUUGAAAUUUUAAGUUUUGUUUGGUAGAUUAGUUACUGCAGAAGACAAAGCAAGGACAAUGUAAGAUAGAGAGGAAUGAUUGAACAGUGAUUAAAUGGCACACAUUUAGGUGGACACCGGAGUUGGUGUCUGUUGAACUGUUUAAGGUCAAAAAUAUCCUGAAACACAAAAGCUUCAAAAAUUUGUAAAAGUGACAGCUAAACCUAAGGUUAUGGAUAAAGUAAUGGAAAGUCCUGGAAUUUGAAGAGCUUAACGUAGUACGAACCCUGAAUAAGUUUUAAGCUGUAAGACACCUAAAACGUAUAAGUACGUUCUUUUUCAAACUCGUUUUUAUUUCUCGGUUCCCCAUACUGGUUACAAACCUACUUAUUGUUCGGGGUUUACGGCAUUAUGUAGACUCGUGCUUGACGCUAACAUGACGGUUUAAUCAAACGCACUGAGCCUUUCACGUGAGACUUGAAGUCACUCCACUGGAAUACGUUCCCCACCCCACUCAGACAGGACUUGGUCGUGUGGUUGAUCUCUUGUUCGUUAAUCACGUGAUUCCAGAUGUUGACACCUGUCAAUUCACCAAUGAAGCACUGAUUGGCGUCAAAGGAUCCUCCCAGUGAAUCUUGUUCUUGACCAAGUAUAAGCACCCCACCACUGCGAAUCACAUAACCUGGAAAUUGAAGAAUUAGAAAGCAACUUCGUUAACGCGUUUGUUUCUGUUUAACUGACCACCUACCCCUCUCCUAAGUCAUAAUUUUGGCCUAAGUGAGAAGUAAGUGUUAGUUGAGACUUAGGGGAUGGGUAGGUGGUCACACUAGCGCCCGAAUGACGUCAGAGUGACUGAUUUGCAAGUUUUGUCAUUUUCCUCAUUUUAAUGACAAAAGACAGACAAACAUGACAUUUUAAUGAAAAAGUCAUACAAAAGUGAGGAAUUCGCUAAUGUUGAUUUCAGUUUUUUUGUCUGAGUUUCGGGUCUAUGAAUAGUAACUGCGCGCAGCGCUAUUGAUCGCACGUGUUUCUUUGCUCCGCAAUUCAUUGGCCCUAUUCUAUUUUUUGAGCGAAAACAAACAAAUUUUACACGCCAUCCAUGUCAUGAGGCGCUUUUGUCAUCAUACUGUUAAGUUUUCAAGUUAUUUUACAUUUACGUUACUCUGGCUUUAGAGAGUUGGUGUUAUUCAUAGUAUUCACACUUCUCCUUGACGAGUCCGCCGCUAUAGUCGCAGAAGGAAAAAAAUACCUCUCUUGAAGCCUUUUCCAGAAGCUGCCACCUUUCCAUCUUUAUACAUCUUCCAUGAUCCAGCGCCGUUCUCCCAUGUUAAGCAGAUGUGGUGCCAUUGGCCAUCGUUUGCCGAUACAGCUGUUUGUCUAAUGAAAUAUUAAAUCAUUGAAAUGAAUUUCAUUAUUUUCGUCUCUUUUUACAUUCUUUAUUAAAGAUGGAGAGCAAGAUUGGUUUCCUUGACUCAUUUUCUGCACUUGGCAUUUUCAUCUGGCAGAGGAGCUUGCUAAAAUUUACGUUAAGGGUCCACAAUUAGCUAUAAUCAGUUUUCCAUAGCCGUAGCCUGUUUGUUGACUGCCAAUCUAGCCUAUCAUAAGACAGUGGUACCUGUGGCUACUUCCGAUCGCCAAAUAAAACUGUCUAUAAUUGUGGAGGAGCAGUUCAUUGCCCUUUUUUGAUCCUGAGGCUGCGUAGCUCAGCACUGUUCCUUCAUUCCCCUUAUCCGAAGAUUUCAUCCAGAAACAAACUGUGACUGCCUUGAGGCUUGGCAUGCCGCGUUUGAUGACAUAGUCACUUGUCCCUUUGCGGGUAAAUUGCAGAGCGUAGUCGGCGUUUUCUGUUGAAAGAGCAAUUCAGUGAAAAGAACGAGCUUAAAACUUAUUGAGAAAAUAUCCAAAAGUUUUCUUCACUAAAUGACAAUUACAUGAAUUACCAGGACUGACCAAAAAAGAAAUUCGAGAGGAGAAAAUUCUUAUCGUAAGUGUUUAAACAACGCGGAAGUUAUUGCGGACUGGGUUUAUAGCGUUAAUUCGUCUACAGACUCCAAAAAUUUGUACCUUGACUUUCCAGAACCGACAACCUCUGGGAAAUCGCCUGAAUCCGAGAAAAGAGCUCUGCGUUCGAUUUCUUAACUGACUCCAAACUGCUUUUUGUCUUAGCCAGCGCAAUCUUAUUAGCUCCAUCAGUGGAUACAACAACUUCGUUAUAGAGUGGUUUUCGUUUGAGUGUCGUAAAACCAAAACCAAAGUAAUUACUCUGACCAAUCACAUAGGACACAGACAAUACAUUGAACCAAUCAAAACUCGAAGUAAUUACAUGUGGCUGACGCAAAGCGUCGUCACAAUUGGCUUUGGUUUUACUUCUGAUUGGAUGAAAAGGUGGCGCGAAUCUUUUAAGCCAAUCGCAUCGUGUAGAAAGUGCAAAACCAAUUACUUUUCGACACUCAAAUGAAAACCGCUCUAAUCUCCAGAAAUAAUCACUUUCCCAUCCGAGGCUGUUGUGUUGACUCGGGCAGACCAAGCAAUUUCAGUUACAGUCACGAAACACAGAUAAAACAAAAUCAAAUUUGGAUCGAACAUGUCGGCGAGGUGAACUGCUUUACUUUGGCGUGAUACCCUAAACUUCCUAAAGUAACGACCCCCCGGAAGUAGUGGCCCUUCGAAAGUAGCGAUAAAAUUUUUCAGGUGUUAGCAAAUUCCAAAAGUUGCGACCCUCCGAAAGUAGCGACUUCGAAAGUGAUUUCUCUUCUUGCUGGAAAUAACGGAAAUUAUAGAUAUAUUUUUUAAGGGCUAUAAUGAUCUUUGACAUUCCUUUAUGGAACUCAAAAAGUCUUCCUUUCGUCUGUGAAUACCCACAAGAUAAUGAAACAAUUAUUUGAAUAUUCAUUUAAAAAGCAAUAACAUGAGAUGAGUUUCUCCAAAUAAAAAUUGUGGAUGUUUUCACUAUUGUCGCGACAUUAUUUUCGUAACUUCCCACGGCCCAUGAACGAUACACGUUUUAGCUACCCGAAAGUAGCGACCGUCUGAAUGUAGCGACCCUCCGAAAGAAGCGAUAGGGAAAGGCUGCUAAAUCCGAAAGCAACGAAGGUCGUUAAUUACUUUCGGAACUUUACGGUAAAGACCUUUGUGUAUAAAUUAACACAGGAAGUCUUUUUUCUUGAUCGUCGACAUAAACAAUUUGAACUAGACCGUGUUUAAAUAUUUGUAUUUCAAAACUUGAAACAAUUAUGAAAUCUCUUUAAAGAGCUCAUAUUUGUAAUCUACUUAAAUGUCAUUAUUGCAUAUAGACUCUUUGAACACGACUAAGAGCGAAUUACAAACGGUAAGACUGGUAAACUCAGACGUAUGUUUUGAGUAUUGUAGUCUAUUUAUUUUAAAUAUACACAUUCGCAAACACGUCGUUUUACCGUAUAUGCAACAGUUUAGAAGGAUUUAUUGGCUAUCAACACAUAUUUUGCUGCAGUUUAACAAGAAACGAUUGCCAGAAAAUAUGAACAACAAUACAGAAUAUGUUGAUGUACAGUUAACCUUCUGUCAGCUGUCAAAUAUUAAUUUGACAUUAAAAUGUUCAUGGAAGCGAAUUCAAAUUAAACACAGACUGAGCUAACCAAGCGUAUGACACAACAUUACAGACAUCAGUUAGGGGCACCAAACAGCUUUUUCAGUAAAAUUACCUUCAGAAGGAGCAAAUUAUAUUGCCCAGAAAUUUCUAAAGUUCGAAAAGGACCUAAAACUUUCCGGUUAACCGUUGCUUUCGUCUAAGAUAUUCGGAGUUUUCUACUGACUUACCUACGAUUUACGGAGGUUUCUGUUUUUCAUACUCUAUCACCAAGAUAUUACAAUUUUUUUUGCAAAGGUUUCCUUGAAAUUUCGGUAUAAAGACAAAACUUCCCCCAUGAGAGUACGCCUACUCUUGACCGGACCCAACACAGUCGCUGAUGUAACACUUUUCAACAAAACGAAAAAGCCACCUAAAGGACCAAAGUUCUCUUAAAGACAUCCGAUCAGAUACAUAGUUUUUAGAGCCGCUCGAAAUUGACAAAACUGGUUAUAAAGCAUAGAGAAAACUAUUUGAGGCACUUUUAGUCUGCCACACAGCCGCUUUUAGUGUCGUCACGCAAAAACGGCUGUGUAGCAGGCUUAGGCACUUUUGACGUAUUUGGAAACAUUCGCGGUCGUUGGGUGUCCCUGUGAUCAAUCACUGGCAACGAUGUUGAUAAUCGUACACUGAUCAUCAGGAGAUUCUCUAACGAACAUUCAAAAGCGUUCAGAGAGCAUGUUUAAUAACUAGCAAAGGUGCUUGAUCUGGUGUUUUAAAACAUAAUAAGACAUUCCCAAAUUUCUUGUUCAAAAACCGUAUUUGUCAUACGAAGUUCUUUGGUUGCCCAUUGUUUCAAGAAGGGCCCCAGUAGGUUGUUAGGGAUCCUUUAUUUGGCUUAUUCCGAGCGAAAAGGGGAGCAAGAUUCAAGACCCCGAAACGCAAAAAAGCCACAGGAUUUUGGAAAAAAUCGACAUCCGGUUGAAGCAGCCCGGCGUAAUUCAAAUGAACACGUACAAAAUUUCAAUCUGACUCAGACAUAGUGUAAUGGAACACAAGCAUUCGAUUGAAAUCUUUUUUGUUGUGAGCUCGAUUUUGCUCCAUUUAUCUUUUCUCAAGACUGAACCUAAUUGAUUAAACUCAAAUCAUAGGCUCGAUUACGUCGGAGAAAAGAAUGGUACAUGCAGUGAAUACAAAACCAUCAAUUUCAAGGGUGAAUUUAGAUUAGAACGGGAAGUUUUCUUGGCCGCGUUUGUUCCCCGUUUCGGGAGACAGUUGAAUGAUCACACCAUAGGAUUUCGUCUACAUACUGAAAAGUUAGAGUUAAAUUCUAAAUGAAUAGUACCAUGUGAAAGUACUGCUGAAGAGGUUUCAUUUGAAUGGUAACACCAUAGGAUUUUGUCUACAGACUCGGCAAAAGUUAGAGUUAAAUUCUAAAUAAAUAUAACCAUGUGAAAGUGCUGCUGAAGAGGUAGUACCAUAGGAUAUCAUCCCCAGUAAACUGUACUAUUGACUUUGAAAAUGAAAAGGUUAACACAACGGCUAAUUUAUAUUAAAAAAUAACAUUCUUAAGUACAUACAGUGUAGACAGAUUGCGAAAACGUGAAAUAAGUUGUAUGAUUUAAGACACAUAAAAACAUAAGGAAGUUUUUUUUUCUUUUUUAAUGCUUGAUGCUACAUACUAAGAGCCUUAAGUAUAGCUCUUGUCCAUAGUGGUUUCAAAACUACUUUUUCCGGAGUUUAAGGCAUGUAGACUCGUUCUUGACGCUAACAUGACGGUUUAAUCGAACGCACUGAGCCUUUCACGUGAGAUUUGAAGUCACUCCACUGGAAUACGUUCCCCACCCCUCUCAGACAGGACUUGGUCAUGUGGUUGAUCUGUUGCUCAUUGAUCACGUGAUUCCAGAUGUUGACACCCGUCAAUUCACCAAUGAAACACUGAUUGGCGUCAAAGGAUCCUCCCAGUGAAUCUUGUUCUUGACCAAGUAUAAGCACCCCACCACCACGAAUCACAUGACCUUGAAAUUGAAGAAUUAGAAAUCAACUUCUUUAAUACUUUUCUGUGCUUCGUAAUUCAGUGACCCUAUUCAAUAUUUUUCUCUUUUGUGAGCAAAAAAAAAAAAAAUUCCACGUCCUGAGGCACUUCUAUCAUCAUUGCUGUUGAGUUUUCUAGUUAUUUUACCAAACUUUUAUGUAAGUAUUUACACUUCUUCGUCAAGUGCCCACCUAGUCGCAGGGGAGAAAAAUACCUGUACUGAUGCCUUUUCCAGAAGCUGCCACCUUUCCAUCUUUAUACAUCUUCCAUGAUCCAGCGCUGUUUUCCCAUGUUACGCAGAUGUGGUGCCAUCGGCCAUCGUUUGCCGAUACAGCUGUUUGUCUAAAUGUAAUGAAAUGAUUACAAUAGAUUUCAUUAUUUUGUCUCUUUUCUUUUUUACAUUCUUGUUUAAAGUUGAAGAGCAAAAUUGGUGUUCAUAACACUCAUGUAUCUUCUGCACUUAGCAUUUCAUCCGACACUGCUUUUUGAACAACCGGAGCCUACAUAUUUUCUUAAAGGUCCAUGAUAAGCGAAAUUUCUACAAUACUGAGUUUGUUUGUUUACCUGCCGUUUUUUCCUACUCCAAAAUGAAACUUUUUGUAGUUGUACAGGAGCAGUUCAUCGUAUCAUCCGGACACUGCGUAGCUUAACGGUACUCCAUCGUUCCCCUUAUCCGAAGAUUUCAUCCAAAGACAAACUGUGACUGCCUUGAGGCUUGGCAUGCCGCGUGUGACAACAUAGUCACUUGUUCCUUUGCGGGUAAAUUGUAAAGCGUAAACGUUCGUAGCUAAAAGAACAAUUGAAAUGAACAAGCUUGAGACUUAUUGACAAAAAAUCAAAGAGCGCUCUUCACUGAAUGCGUUUUACAAUUGUAAAUACGAAGUGAUUAAUUAUUUUCUAAUUGUUAUGUUCUCGGACUGCUAGCAAUAGGAAAACUGCACACAAGAUGGCGGAUCAACUCUAAUUAUACUGUAAACAUUAAUUAUACUGUUUAGGUUCUAAACUGAAUAGUAAAUUCACAAAAAGGAAAUUCGACCGGAAAAAAGUCUUAUCGUAAAAUUCGUUUGAACAAACACUAUUACGCGGAAGCUAUUGCUGACUGAGUAAGCAUUAAUUCGCCAACUGACUCCAAAAAUUUGUACCUUGACUUUCCAGAGCCGACAAUCUCUGAGAGAUGUCCUGAACCUGAGAGAAGAGCUCUGCGUUCGAUUUUUUAACUGACUCCAAACCACUUUUUAUCUUAGCGAGCGAAAUCCUACUAUCUCGAUCAGUGGAUACAACGACUUCGUUAUGAUUCCCAGAAAUGAUCACCUUCCCACCCGAGGCUGUUGUGUUGACAGACCAAGCAAUUUGAGGUACGGCCACCAAAUACAGAUAAAACGAAAUCAAAUUUGGAUCGAACAUGUUGGCGAAGAAAACUGCUUUGUGUAAUACUAAGAACUUUUGCGUGAUACAGACCUUUGCUAAUUUCAAAGUACAUAUGUGCAGUGUAUAAAUUAACAGAGCAAGUCUUUUUUUCUUGAUCGUCAACUUGUACAAUUUGAACUAGACCGUGUGUAAAUAUUUGUGUUUCAAAAGUUGAAGAAAACUAUUAAUUAAAACCUCUAUUAAGAGCUCAUGUUAUAUAUCACUAUCGAAAUGUCAUUAUUGAAUAGACUUUUUGAACAAGACUAGCUAAGAGCAAAUAACAAACGAUAAGACUGGUACAUUCUGACGUAUGUCUUAGGCACAUUCGCAAACACGUUGUUUUACCGUAUAUGCAACAUUUUGAAAGAAUUUAUCGGCUAUCAACACAUAUUUCACUGUUAGUUAAAACUGGCGAUUGCCGGAAAAUAUGAACAACAAUAUAGAAUAUGUUGAUGUACGUUUAACCUUCUGUCAGCUGUCAAAUGUUCAUGGAAGCGAAUUCAAAUUAAACACAGAGCUAACCAAGCGUAAUACACAACAUCACAGACAUCAGCCAGGGGUACCGAACGACUUUUUUCGGUAAAAUUACCGUUCGAAGGAGCAAAUUAUAAUGCCUAGAAAUUUCUAAAGUUAGAAAAGGGCCCAAACAUUUCUGGUUAACCGUUCCUUCCGUCUAAGAUAUUUGGAGUUUUUCUACUUACUUACCUUCGAUUUACGGAGGUUCCUGUUUUUCACAUCCUAUUACCAAGGUAUACUAAGGUAUUACAAUCAUCUUUUGGAAAGGUUCCUUGAAUUUUCGGUAUAAAGACAAAACUUUCCCCAUGAUCUUGACCCAUCACGGUCGCUGUUGUGACACUUUUCGACAAAACGUAAAAGCCACAUAAAGACUAAAGUUCUCUUGAAGACAACCGAAGAGAUACAAUCACUGGCAACAAUUUUGACAAUCGUAAACUGGUCAUCAGGACAUUCUCCUUACGCACCUCUAUCAUCAUUGCUGUUGAGUUUUCUAGUUUUUUACCAAAAUUUUAUCAAAGUAUUUACACUUCUCCGUCAAAUGCCCACCUAGUCGCAGGGGAGAAAAAUACCUGUAUUGAUGCCUUUUCCAGAAGCUGCUACCUUUCCAUCUUUAUACGUCUUCCAUGCUGUUUUCAAGGUUUCUUGAAAUUUCGGCAUAAAGACAAAACUUCCCCAUGAUCUUGAACGGCCCCGGUCGCUGAUAUAGCACUUUUCGACAAAACGAAAAAGCCACAUAAAGGACUAAAGUUCCCUUAAAGACAUCCGAACAGAUACAAUCACUGGCAACAAUGUUGAUAAUCGUACACUGGUCAUCAGGAGAUUCUCUAACGAACGUUCACAAGCGUUCAGAGAGCAUGUUUGAUAACUAGCAAAGGUGCUUGAUCUGGUGUUUUAAAACAUAUGAUAAGACAUUUCCAAACUUCUUGUUCAAAAACCGUAUUUUUCAUACGAAAUUCUUUGGUUGCCCAUUGUUUUAAGAAAUGCCCAAGUAGGUUGUUGGGGAGCCUUAAUUUGGCUUAUUCUGGGCGAAAAGGGGAGCAAGAUUCAAGACCCCGGAAACGCAAACAAGCCACAAGACUUGAAAAAAAAUCGACAUCCAGUUGAAGCAGACCGGCUUGAUCCAAAUGAACAGGAACAAUCAAAAUUACAGUCUGAUAACAGACAUGACAUAAUGGAACACAAGCAUUCGAAUCAAUUCUAUUUUGUUGUGAGCUCGAUUUUGCUCCAUUUGUUCUUUCUCAAUACCAAACCUAAUUGAUUUAACUCAAAUCACAGGCUCGAUUACGUCGGAGAAAGGAACGGUACAUGCAGUGAAUACAAAACCAUCAAUUUCAUGGGGGAAUUUGAAUUAGAACGGGAAGUUUUCCUAGGCUGCGUUUGUUCCCCGUUUCGGGAGCGUCAUUUGAAUGAUCACACCACAGGAUUUCGUCUACAGACUCAAGAGUUAGACAGAUUGCGAAAACGUGAAAUAAGUUGUAUGAUUUAAGACACGCAAAAAACAUCAGUAAGUUGUUUUUGUACUUUUUUUAAUGCUUGAUACUCCCUACCAAGAGUCUUAAGUAUGGCUCUUGUCCAUACUGGUUACAAAACUACUUUUUUCCGGAGUUUAAAGCACGUAGACUCGUGCCUGACGCUAACAUGACGGUUUAAUCGAACGCACUGAGCCUUUCACGUGAAACUUGAAGUCACUCCACUGGAAUACGUUCCCCACCCCUCUCAGACAAGACUUGGACAUGUGGUUGAUCUGUUGCUCAUUGAUCACCUUAUUCCAGAUGUUGACACCUGUCAAUUCACCAAUGAAGCACUGAUUGGCGUCAAAGGAUCCUCCCAGUGAAUCUUGUUCUUGACCAAGUAUAAGCACCCCACCACCACGAAUCACAUGACCUGGAAAUUUAAAUAUUAGAAAGAAGGUUUUUAAUUUUUUUCCUUACAGCUAACUUAGUUUUUUUUAUUCAGUAUUACUAGAGCGAAAACAAACAGUAAUUUUACUUCCACACUAAAGAUUUUUUUCUGAGAGUCAGAACUGAUGUAGCUCAACGCUAUCCACUCUUAAUCGUGCAGGGCCACGUUAGUCACAGAGGGCAAGCAUACCUGUCUUAAAACCUUUUCCAGAAGCUGCCACCUUUCCAUCUUUAUACAUCUUCCAUGAUCCAGCACUGUUCUCCCAUGUGGCGCAGAUUUGGUGCCAUUGCCCAUCGUUAGCGGAUACAGCUGUUUUUCUAAAGAAGUUGAAAAUCUGAUUUACCUCCCUCUUACACUCUUAUUAUUGUUAAUUGUCUUGUAGUCCGUAGUCGUUUAAUAGUACAUUCACUCUUAAAAACUACACGUAAUUUAGCCAUUUCUUGUGAAGCGUAUCUCUUAUAGGACCACCGUAAGGGUAUGUCGACAGUAACCUAGUAUUUACAGACGUAUGCAGUUAUGGCUUCCUGUGUGAAUGAUUAUACAUAUCUGUUUAAAGUUGUGUUUAGGGAUAUUUGUACCUUUCUUCGGUUCCUAUCCAAAACCUGAACUUUCUGUAGUCCAUAAAGAGCACUUCAUUGUCUUUUGAUUUUGAGACUGUGUAGCUCAACGGUGUUCCUUCAUUUCCUUUAUCUGAAGACUUCAUCCAAAGGCAAACUGUGACUGCCUUGAGGCUUGGCAUGCCGCGUUUGAUAACAUAGUCACUUGUUCCUUUGCGGGUAAAUUGUAAAGCAUAGUUGUUCGUGGCUAAAAGAACAAUUGAAAUGAACAAGCUUGAGACUUAUUGACAAAAAAUCAAAAAGCACUCUUCAAUGAAUGCGUUUUACAUUGUAAAUACGAAAGUGAUUAAUUAUUUUCUAAUUGUUAUGUUCUCGGACUGCUAGUAAUAGGACAACUGCACACAAGAUGGCGGAUCAACUCUAAUUAUACUGUAAACAUUUAUUAUACUGUUCAGGUUCUAAACUGAAUGAUAAAUUCACAAAAAUGAAAUUCGACCAGAAAAAAGUCUUAUCGUAAAAUUCGUUUGAACAAACACUAUUACGCGGAAGCUAUUGCUGACUAAGUAAGCAUUAAUUCGCCAACGGACUCCAAAAAUUUGUACCUUGACUUUCCAGAGCCGACAAUCUCUGAGAGAUGUCCUGAACCUGAGAGAAGAGCUCUGAGUUCGAUUUCUUAACUGACUCCAAACUGCUUUUUAUCUUAGCGAGCGAAAUCUUAUUAUCUCGAUCAGUGGAUACAACGACUUCGUUAUGAUUCCCAGAAAUAAUCACCUUCCCACCCGAGGCUGUUGUGUUGACACGGGCACACCAAGCAAUUUGAGGUACGGCCACCAAACACAGAUAAAACGAAAUCAAAUUUGGAUCGAACAUGUUGGCGAAGGAAACUGCUUUGUGUAAUACUAAGAACUUUUACGUGACACAGACCUUUGCUAAUUUCAAAGUACAUAUGUGCAGUGUAUAAAUUAACAGAGCAAGUCUUUUUUUCUUGAUCGUCAACUUGUACAAUUUGAACUAGACCGUGUGUAAAUAUUUGUGUUUCAAAAGUUGAAGAAAAUUAUUAAACCUCUUUUAAGAGCUCAUGUUAUAUAUCACUAUCGAAAUGUCAUCAUUGCAUAGACUUUGAUGAACAAGACUAGCAACGAGCAAAUAACAAACGAUAAGACUGGUAUAUUCAGAUGUAUGUCUUGAGUAUCGAAGUCUAAUUAUUUUCAAUAUAGGCACAUUCUCAAACACGUCGUUUUACCGUAUAUGCAACAUUUUGAAAGGAUUUAUUGGCUAUCAACACAUAUUUUACUGUUAGUUAAAACUGGUGAUUGCCGGAAAAUAUGAACAACAAUAUAGAAUAUGUUGAUGUACGUUUAACCUUCUGUCAGCUGUCAAAUGUUCAUGGAAGCGAAUUCAAAUUAAACACAGAGCUAACCAAGCGUAAUACACAACAUCACAGACAUCAGCCAGGGGUACCGAACGACUUUCUUCGGUAAAAUUACCGUUCGAAGGAGCAAAUUAUAAUGCCUAGAAAUUUCUAAAGUUAAAAAAGGGCCCAAACAUUUCUGGUUAACCGUUCCUUCCGUCUAAGAUAUUUGGAGUUUUUCUACUUACUUACCUUCGAUUUACAGAUAUUACAAUUAAUUUUUGGAAAGGUUCCUUGAUUUUUCGGUAUAAAGACAAAACUAUCCCCAUGAUCUUGACCGGACCCAUCAUGGUCGCUGUUGUGACACUUUUCGACAAAACGUAAAAGCCACAUAAAAGACUAAAGUUCUCUUAAAGACAUCCGAACAGAUACAAUCACUGGCAACAAUGUUGAUAAUCGUACACUGGUCAUCAGGAUAUUCUCCUUACGCACUUCUAUCAUCAUUGCUGUUGAGGUUUCUAGUUAUUUUACCAAAAUUUUAUCAAAGUAUUUACACUUCUCCGUCAAAUGCCCACCUAGUCGCAGGGGAGAAAAAUACCUGUAUUGAUGCCUUUUCCAGAAGCUGCUACCUUUCCAUCUUUAUACGUCUUCCAUGCUGUUUUCAAGGUUUCUUGAAAUUUUGGCAUAAAGACAAAACUUCCUCAUCAUCUUGAACGGCCCCGGUUGCUGAUGUAGCACUUUUCGACAAAAUGAAAAAGCCACAUAAAGGACUUAAGUUCCCUUAAAGACCCUUAAAAACAUCCGAACAGAUACAAUCACUGGCAACAAUGUUGAUAAUCGUACACUGGUCAUCAGGAGAUUCUCUAACGAACGUUCACAAGCGUUCAGAGAGCAUGUUUGAUAACUAGCAAAGGUGGUUGAUCUGGUGUUUUAAAACAUAAAAGAAGACAUUUCCAAACUUCUUGUUCAAAAACCGUAUUUGUCAUACGAAGUUCUUUGGUUGCCCAUUGUUUUAAGAAAUGCCCAAGUAGGUUGUUGGGGAGCCUUAAUUUGGCUUAUUCUGGGCGAAAAGGGGAGCAAGAUUCAAGACCCCGGAAACGCAAACAAGCCACAAGACUUGAAAAAACUUCGACGUCCGGUUGAAGCAGCCCGGCUUAAACCAAAUGAACAAGAACAAUCAAAAUUUUGAGUCUGAUAACAGACAUGACAUAAUGGAACACAAGCAUUCGAGUGAAUUCUAUUUUGCUGUGAGCUUGAUUUUGCUCCAUUUGUUCUUUCUUAAUACCGAACCUAAUUGAUUAAACUCAAAUCACAGGCUCGAUUACGUCGGAGAAAGGAACGCUACAUGCAGUGAAUACAAAACCAUUAAUGUCAAGGGGGAAUUUGAAUUAGAACGGGAAGUUUUCCUUGGCCGCGUUUGUCCCCCGUUUCGGGAGAGUCAUUUGAAUGAUUACACCAUAGGAUUUCGCCUACAGACUCAACUACAUACUAAAUAACUAGUACCGUGUGAAUGUAGUGCUAAAGAGGUAGUAGCAUAGGAUAUCAUCCCCAGUAAACUAUAAGAGGUUAACACAACGACUAAUUUAUAUUAAAAAAAAUUAACAUGCAUAAGAUUGUGAAAGCGAGAAAAAAGUUGUAUAAUUAAAGACACGCAAAAAACAUCAGUAAGUUGUUUUUGUAUUUUUUUUUUAAUGCUUGAUACUCCAUACCAAGGGUCUUAAGUAUGGCUCUUGUCCAUACUGGUUACAAAACUACUUUUUUCAGGGGUUUAAAGCACGUAGACUCGUGCCUGACGCUAACAUGACGGUUUAAUCGAACGCACUGAGCCUUUCACGUGAGACUUGAAGUCACUCCACUGGAAUACGUUCCCCACCCCUCUCAGACAAGACUUGGACAUGUGGUUGAUCUCUUGCUCAUUGAUCACGUGAUUCCAGAUGUUGACACCUGUCAAUUCACCAAUGAAGCACUGAUUGGCAUCAAAGGAUCCUCCCAGUGAAUCUUGAUCUUGACCAAGUAUAAGCACCCCACCACCACGUAUCACAUGACCUGGAAAUUUAAAUAUUAGAAAGAAAUUUUUUAAUUUUUCUCCUUGCAGCUAACUUAGUUUUUUUAUUUAGUAUUACUAGAGCGAAAACAAACAGUAAUUUUACUUCCACACUAUAAGUUUUUUUCUGAGAGUCAGAACUGAUGUAGCUCAACGCUAUCCACUCUUAAUCGUUCAGUGCCACGUUAGUGACAGAGGGCAAGCAUACCUGUCUUAAAACCGUUUCCAGAAGCUGCCACCUUUCCAUCUUUAUACAUCUUCCAUGAUCCAGCACUGUUCUCCCAUGUGGCGCAGAUUUGGUGCCAUUGCCCAUCGUUGGCGGAUACAGCUGUAUUUCUAAAGAAGUUGAAAAGUUGAUUUACCUCCCUCUUACACUUUUAUUAUUGUUAAUUGUCUUGUAGUCCGUAGUCAUUUAAUAGUACAUUCACUCUUAAAAACUACAUGUAAUUUUCGUAAAGCGUAUCUCUUAUAGGACCACCGUAAGGAUAUGUCGACUCUAACCUAGUUACGGACGCCUGAUGCAUUUAUGGCUUCCUGGGAGAAUGAUGUUUAUCGGUUUAAAGUCGUGUUUAGGGAUAUUUGUACCUUACAUCGUUUCCUAUCCAAAACGUGAACUUUCUGUAGUCCAUAAAGACCAAUUCAUUGUAGUGUUUUGAUUCUGAGACUGCGUAGCUCAACGGUGUUCCUCCAUUUCCUUUAUCUGAAGACUUCAUCCAAAGGCAAACUGAGACGGCCUUUAGGCUUGGCAUGCCGAUUGUCGUGACAUAGUCACUGGUGCUUUUGCGGGUGAAAUGCAAAGCGUAGUUGUUUGCUACAAAAAGAACAAAUAAAUUGUUCCAGCUUGUUGAAGGAUGACGCGAGACUUAUUGACAAGAAAGCCAAUAAAGCGGUCUUACAUGGUCUUCACUGAAGGGUCUAAAGGGUUUAUAAAUGCGGACAAGGGUUUACUCUUAAUAUUGUAACUUAAAAGCUUGGGAUCUAAAAUUAAUGCUAAUUUCACUGCUAGAACUAACUAAAAAAAUCGGCAAAAAAUCACCCUAUUGUAAAACCUGUUUAAUCAAAACAAUAUACGUUGCCCGCUCGACGGUGAUUUUUGUUUCCAGACUCGAAAGAUUCAUACUUCGACUUUCCUGAGCUGACAACCUCUGAGAGAUGUUCUGAAGCCGAGAGAAGAGCUCUUCGUUCGAUUUCUUAACUGACUCCAAACUGCUUUUUAUCUUAGCGAGUGCAAUCUUAUUAUCUCUAUCUGUAGAUACAACAACUUCGUUAUGAUUCCCAGAAAUAAUCACUUUCCCAUCCGAAGCUGUUGUGUUGACUCGGGCAGACCAAGCAAUUUGAGGAACAGCCACGAAACACAGAUAAAACCAUAUGAAAUUCAGAUCGAACAUGUUGACGAAUAUUGUGUCCUCUAUUAGACUAACAACUUUUCGGUUGUGUCAGACAUUUGGUCCCAAAUCGAAUUUGUGUAAAUUAACAGAACAAGUCGUUUUUUCUUGAUAGUUAAUGCAUACAAAUACUGUUUGAUUACGUAUGCAGUUACUAAACCAUGUUCAAAUAUUUACGUCAAACGUUUAGAAAAGAAAAUAAUGAGCUUGUGAAGCGAUAUAAAGAUUAUUAUUAUUGUAUAAAAUGUAAAAACAAAAGCCUGACUGUUAAAACGAAAGGUAAGGGGAAAAGGUAAAUUCAGAAAGCGACGCAUUCGUAUAAUCCAUUCUGAGCGGACUCAUAAACAAGUCCUAAUAAUAAGCAAUAUUAUCAUUUUGAUACAUAGUAGUACGACUCAAGUUAUCAAAUUGCUAAUCAGAUCAAACAAAAUGUUACACGAAGAAAAAGAAAAGUCUAGUUCAUGAUAAUUUCCUAAAUCAAGUUUUUUUUCUACAUCCUCGACGUUUUUAUACAAUUUGAAACCAUUAUGUUUAAAUGUUUCUUUUACAAAAUAAUUAAACUUGCUGAGGGAAUUAUGAAACCUAUUUUCGAUGAAGAGUCCUUAUGAAUCACUAUGUUACUAUUGUAUAAACUGUGAAGAAGCCUGAGAGCAAGUAAGACAUCAUAAGACUAGUAAAUUCUGAAAGCAACAUACGUCUUGCGAUGAAUCGAAUACAGUGAAUUCUUUCCAAAGCAUAUACUGACGAUUCAGGAAACUGUCGCUUAAUUUAUCAUGUGUAUAAUCUACGUGUACUCUUCAAAUUAAAGUACGAGUCAUAAAAAGUCUUUAGUCUUGUACUUGGAGUUAUUCCUCAACCAAAUUCGUAACAAAUCACUGCCCGGGUGAGUGAAUCAGAAUGUAAUCCGGCGCCAAAAUUAGAUAUUAAUCUUGUUAACCAUCCAAAACAUAGAGAAUACUUCAUGGAAAGUGCGGGCGUACGGUAUUUACGCACAAGUUGUUGACGUAUCAGAAAUCGAACGAGUGAGCGCAGCGAACGAGUGAGAUUUCUGAUACAAAAACAACGAGUGCGUAAAUACCGUACAAAGCACUUUCCAUGUGGUAUUGUGUUUAUUAUAUAUAUACUGAGAUUUUAAUUCUUGUUUAUCGUCUUUAAUGACAGACCAAGACAAAACUCUGUUACAUGAAUUCAAGUUAAAAACUCAUGCAAGGAUUAUAACAUAAACUUGAAUUUCUGCCAGAAAUUUAACAUUACAGCAAGCAAAUAAUGUUAAAAUAUUAUUUCUAAACUUUAAUCCGAGUCGGACUCCUCAAUUCGGAUUCUCUUCCACCUUUUUUCGGUGGUUUCGGUGACGGAACUCCUGGUUUGAAUGGUCGGCGAGGUAGUAAGCGCAUUAAUGGAAAUCGUAAAUUGUCCUCCACUUAUUACAGCUCCAUCAAAAAAACUCAUCGGGGUUUUACUAGUGCAAGUGCUCGCAGCAGCAGUUUCAUUAGUUGCAGUAGUUACUUGUGUUUGCGACGAUGCUCGGCUUAAGAUGCCUGAUAUGUUUUUUUGUUGAUUUAGGUUCAAGCUACUAUAGUUUGUUAUGCUUUGCACGUUCUUGUGCCCACUUAACUGCAUUAUAUGCGUUGGCGGAAUUUCACUGUCAUUAAGUUUUUGAAUCAUGUGUUUACGAGCACUAUGGUUCGUGAGUCGCUCGUUGUUGAUGUUUGCUUUUGAAGCCAUUGUUUUCAUCAAAGUGUUUAAUUUAUUUACACCCAUAGGUGCCGACUUGAACCAGUGUUUUUUGGAGCCGUCUGUUUUCGUGUGGUUUAUUCCCAAGUAGAAUGGCGAAUCGUCAGCCAUCAUGUUUUCCGGUCGCUUUUCACGGUAAAUUUUGUACGCCACGACAGGAUCUCGUUCAUCACCAGUUGAAAACAUUUUCGGGGAAACUUUUCGAACGUUUGAGGCGUCUACUCCAGACCUUGUUUUUGUCUGUCUUUCAUUGUAAACUAGAUAGUCGUUACCUUGUGCGUCCUUACAAAGCUUUACAUCUCCCCAGCACAAAUCCCUAUGCUCUUGACAACCACGCAUUCCAAAAUGAAUGGUGUUGUUCAGCCAAACAGUAUUCAACAAUGAUUCAGCAGAACAAACUCCAAGCAAAUUGUUUUCGUGAAGUAUAUCGACUUCUUCGUCCGUGAUAGCCACAGCGGCUUUGUCCUUGUUGCCUCGGCCUGCUUUCUUCAGCUCUUUUUGUUUAGCCUGUAAACACUUUCUAAACAAUUCAAAUUCUUUAUCGUUAAUGAUACUCUUAGUAUAAUUAUUUUUCUUCAAAUGUCUUUCAAUACUUGAAACAAGGCAUCUUAAACUUGAAGGCUCAUAAUCCUCUCCGUCUUUACGUCUCACAGAACGAAUAAACUCCGCAAGGUGCUUGUUUAAUUCUGCGGGCCCUAUGUCUUGCACUUCUCGCUCGUCGUUCUUUUCGUUUCUCAAAAACGUUUCCAGCAAUUUCACAUCUCGUUUCGUUUUCUCUUUCGUAUUCCUGUUUUCGAGACUUUCCACGUAAUCCUCGACUGAAGUAUCGUGAUCAACAAACCUUUUCUCGUUCAUGUUUUUAAGCUUCAACACUUGCGAAAGAUUUCUUUAACAAAGUGAAAUGCCGCCAGCUGAAUGAAAAUCACCUUGUUACGGCUCACACGUCAAAAAACAUGAUACGCAGCACCUGAUUGGACGUAUCGUUUUCCUCACACGUCGAAAAAGCAAUACGCACCAUUUGAUUGGCUGUCGGGUUCUUAGACCAGCUUGUGAACCAAAUUUAUUUCGCGCCUUUUCAAUGGGUAAAUCUCAGUACAUAUAUAAUAAAAAAUCCUUCUGAUCACUAAAAUUCUCUUCGAGAGGAAAUAACACAAAUAAGAUAAGACCACAGUCAUUUCAGUCUAUUUUCCGAACGAGAAAUAGAAAUAUCAAUAGGGAACAAAAUUUUGGAGAUUAUAACGCAUAAAGUGCGGUGAAUAAAGACUGUGUUGAGGUAUGUCUAGCGUACGUUUGGUCCUCAGUGUUUCAGCUGUCAAAUAUUCAUGGGUGCGAAUUCAAAUUCAACACACGCAGUGCUAGUCAGACGUAACUACAGUGACAACAAUGUCAGUAAUCAAGCAUGUGACGUUAGGAAAUUCAAAAGGUUUUGAGAUGUAUAUUAGUGACCGGCAAAGCUACCCAAUCAAGGCGGCGGAAUCCUUUUUUUCAUCCCUUGAUAAGAUUUCCCUAAAUCUUCAUACAGCAGUUUAUCAUGCAUGCAGCAAUCUCAUACUAUUUUAUACGAAUAGACUAGAAACGUAUGCAUAAUAAUUGUAUGGGGCUGUCCGGAAAUCUUAGCCAACCCUUUAAUUUCUACUUCCGUCAUGUUUGUAGGUUCCUCAGUACCUUUUACACGCUGGCUUUACGCGGAUUGCUUGCACUCAGCCUCGGCGGAUUGCUUGCAUCUCAUUGGCCAAAAGAGUAGGAUAUGAAACACUGAAUGAGUAUGGAUCACAAGUAGGAUAUCAGGUAAGGGAAAAUGAACUGAAGCUUGCAGUGGCAGUACUUGCAUCUUGUAGUAUGAUUCGGGCUAUGACAAACACCGGUUCGCUUUUCCUGUCGACAUCAUAAGAUAUCUGGUACAGUCAUGAACAGCAACGGCACAGAACUAGAAGAAGUCAUUUUACGUCUUACUUGAUCGGUUUGGUCCAAUCCUCACUUCUGAAUAUUUUAGUAUUUCAAAGUCUCAGCGGGUUUCAGUCCUCGCUUCUACUCGUUGACUUCCGCUACGAUCCGGAAACCUGUUCACACCGCGACGAAGAGUGGCCUUCUCAGUGGGUUUCAGUCCUCGCUUUUAGUCAUCGACUUCCGCUACGAUCCGGUGGAAACCUGUUCACACUGCGAAGAAUAGUGGCAGAAACCUAUCUAAUAUGUGGCGAUCCACUUUCAAAGGCUUCGCUCCGGUACAGAAAUUGCGCCGAAAGCGGCGUCCGUAUGUGAGAGCAGAAGCCCUAUCCAGUAGGAUUUUCGUGUCGGCGCACGAGCUAUCCGGCCGGUAUAAUUUGAACAUAGCCUCAGUUUUUUCAAUAAUUUCGAUUUUGAUAACUGAUUUAUUACCAUUAGUUUUUAUUCGAGUAUUUUAGUGAGUAUGGCUAUUUUUUUUUCGAUUUUGUAUUAUUUUGUUCUGUGUUGUACAUAUUCGUAUUUUUUUUUAAAUAUAUAUGUAUAAUUUUUAAAGCGUAUUCUUAGUGAUCAUUUUCUCAUACUAUAACGCCCUAUGUAAGUAUGAUGUUUUUUUAUUCCGAAUUAUUAAUCGUAGCAAGUUCAGAAGGUCCGACUUGCUUCUAUAUUCGCUUUUUUAUAGUUUGUUUUUACCAUUGUGAAUAUCUGAUACCGCGAUGGACUGUGUAUUUUUGGCGCGUUUGAUUUCAGUCAGUCAUCGUUUAAAUGUAUAAAAGUGACCUUGUAAUUACACUUUUCAUCGUGUUGAUUUCUUUCUAAAAAAAGUUUUUUCCGAUGACAGAUUCGAUUUGAAGCUAGCAAAACCCGUGCCACAAGGAUUUUGUUCCUGACAGAAGGUAUAAGUAGAAAACAUGGUGUCCGUCUUAGUAGUAACACAUUUUUACCAUAUUAUAAAAUACUUGGUGCCUUUCGAAGCGUCAAAAGUUAAAGGCUUACGGUAUUAUUAUUGGUCGCAUAAUCGCAAUAGUAAGAACAAUGACUUCAUCCCUUCCAAUUAUUGGCAAGAUUACACCUAAUAUUCAUUCUUAUUGGUGUACCAGCAUCCGAGGUUACAGACCCAUAGUUUGUAAUCCAUGGGUUUAUACCAUAAAGACUGGGAAAGCGGAAAUUUCGAUAAGAAAACCAAAUGGUGCUUGUUAUUCCGUUUUGAAAGUUGCCAAAAUGUAGCUGCCUUUUUAGACGAUGCAAUCUUUCUUCUAGUGCUAGUCUCAAACUGAUUUGGAAACAUUUUGUAAAACUGGUGGGUCGUUCACCCACAAGAUCAAAUUUAAUUCCUUAAACCUUUUUACACGAGAUUUUUAACUAGCUAGUUGUGUAAAAAAAAAAUUACAUCUAUUAUACCGGGCCUUAUUGUAUUCACUACUUUAUCUACCGACUUACAAUCACUUCCCACAGCUGUAACUUGAGAUGUUUCGUCAGUAUUUUUUCUUCUUAAGCCAGAUUAUUUGAGCAUCGUAAUUGUCUUGUAUCUUCUUAGAGCUUGGUAAAUCGGAGGUCAGUCCGAUUACAUUAUGCAACACUUCUUUGUAGAUGCUACAGGUGUUCCUGUAAUCAUUCUGUAUAUUUUCUAGUUAAGUACUUUGCGAAAGUGCACCGCAUUUAUUUGCCCAAUCAAACCCAGUUCUGUAAAGAGCUCAUGCUUUUAUCAGUAUAAAUGAAAGAUUUUUUUUCCUCUUUUCCUCAUUGCCUUUUCACCUGUAGGUCUUCUGCUGCGUCAGUUAUCGUCCGACCCCACCCUGAGUCAGUACAGUGUUAUUGUGGUUGAUGAGGUACACGAGAGGCAUAUUCACGGAGAUUUUCUGCUGGGUGUGUUACGGGGCUUACUGCAGGCGCGUGCUGAUCUGAAGCUUGUUCUAAUGUCUGCUACUAUUAAUAUCAGGUACAUUGUUUGGUUGCGCGAUGUACUUGGCGAAGUAAGGGGUGUGUUGAGGUGGUUCUCUUUGAAAUAGCUACAACUUUUAAUAUAUGUAAAUGACCACGUACCGUAAAUGCUUUAUUUGGUGCCCGGUUCGUUUAUUUCAAUGUCAUUAGUAAGCACUUAUUCCGCGAAGAGGGCCUUUAUUUCGUUCUCGAAAUAUUUUUCAAGCUAUCGUCAGCUGUGCAUAGGUAAUUUAGCGCAAACGUGUCUCUUUUCAGUGAAUUCCACGGGUAAAAUAUAUACAAUGUAGGAGAGGAGGGGAGAAGUUCCUCCUGGGCCUUUCACUAGUGCCACCACAACGGUGAGCACUCCCUGUUCGUACAGAUGAGAGGUUGGUCAAGUAGACUGGCUCCAGGUCAGUGCAGACGGUUUUCGCGCAAUUUUUUUUUCGAUCCGCAUUCUCCAUUAUCUUGGAGCCUGGAACAAGCUAUGCGAGAAUAAUUUGAAAAUAGCAAAAAUGGGCAUGAGAUGAGAAACAAUCAACUCACACAGGUUGCAAUCAGAAAUUUUUUUGUUUUUGUUGUUGUUGUUGUUGUUGAUUUUACUGAUUUAGUUAGACAAUGAGGUAACAUUUGUUCUGCUUCUGUUUAUAAUAGCUUGUUUGCGGGCUACUUCAUUGGAGCCCCGGUGAUUCAGGUCAGUACUUCAUGUAUGAUGAUGUCAUCAUCUGAAUCUUUACUCCCAUUCGCCACUUUAUAAAAUAGAAUGGAACUGGAACCGAAAUUCGUCCCGCAAUUGAUUGUGGGAUCGUUACUGGGGAUUUACCUGUCCCUAGUAACAGUCCCAGAAGUCUUAGCUCGGACCAGGUUCCAUCUUGUUUUUAAAGUGGCGAAGGACGAGCGUGACGUAAAACUCAGAUGACUCUGAGGUAAAUCGCUAAUUUCUAUUAAACUAUCUCUAAUGCAGAUCCCAGGCCGACUAUUUCCCAUCGAAGUGCGCUACCAACCAACAAAAGUUGAGGUAUUUGUGACUUCUAUUUCCUUAAUUUGUUUCUUCGAUUGCUUUUCUCUAGCGCAAAUUGUUGAUUAAUUUUCUUAUUGUUUUUCGCCCUAUUAAGCAAGUUUCCAGCAGUUCAAGUCGUUCGGAGAGACUGGAUCCCUCCCCUUACCUCAGAAUUAUGCAGCUUAUUGAUCAUAAGGUUAGUUAUUGGCCUCUUUAAUAAAAGUAUAUUCGACUUAAGGAGACAAUGGUGUAAUUUCUGACGUGCUUCAGUUUAAAUAUGUAGUAGCGUAGUAAACGCGUUUACACGUCAAUGUCUUCCGUGUUGCUCGUCACGUGUGGCGCGAGUCUUUUCGAAUGAAAUUAUGUUCUUGUCAAAAACACAAUAGUAAAAACAAAUAAUAUUAUAAUUAUAAAAAUUUCCUUCGAGCCGGAUUCGAACCAGCGACCUAAGGAUAACUUCAUGUACUCUACAAUCCUCCGCUCGACCAACUGAGCUAUCGAAGAAAUCGCGAGUAGCGGUGAGUAAGUCCAAGACAGAAAUCGUCCACCAUAGGCUCUAGUUUUGUUUUGUUUUUUUUUUAUUCUGGUUUUGUUGCAUUAUUCCCAUAUCCGUCAAGAGAGUUACCUGGAAAAACAGUAAACUAAUCUGGACGUUAAGACGACUACAGUGCUCCAAGCUCAGGAAGCUCAAAUUGCCUUUUGGCAACCGAAAAUUAUAGAAUGGUCGCCAGACAUAUAAUAUUGUUUGCUAGGAAAAAUAUGAUCACAAUAGCCACCGAACUUUUGCACUCAUAUUUGGAGGGGCACGCGAUAUCCCCCGGAGGGGAGGGUACUCCCUAUUAUGGCCUGUAGGGGGAGGUUCCGCCCGAAAGGGGUAUCUUUUUGAGGGUUUAAGGCGUUAGACCUUGGAGCGAAGCCUCCCCGUAUGAGUCACCCCCCUCUCCACGGAGCGAUAUCACUUAAAGCCCGGGCAGCCAAGGUGAAAAGUGAAUGGUAAUGAAAAUUGGAGCAUAACAUUUCGCGUAAAUCAAUUCACCCUAAUUUUUGGAGGACCAUAAACUAAUUAAAACACUGCAGCUUGGCAUAUUUCCGCCAAACACAGGUCACCAAAUUGACGAUUCUCGCUGAAAUUUUAGGCCCUAUCCACACGAAUCCGGACAUUUUUGAUAGCGCAUAUUUUGUUAUAAGGAUAUGUGCUGACGUGGCCUUGUAGUUGCCAUUUUUUCUGUUCGUCAUAAUGGCCGCAGCUUGAAGUGUUGGACUGGGAGCAAAAAAACGUUGUUUUAAACUAGUAGCAAUCUUAGAUUAGGAAGCGCGUUCGAGUUUUCUUAGUUGUGCUGUUAGUUUUCAUGGAUCCUUUAAACAACAUGGUAAAUGAAACUUACCCGCAGAGCAAAAGAAACGGCCAAAAUCCUCGUAGCAAACGAAACUUUGCUCAAACACUCUCCUUAGACCCUUGUUUUAAGCAGGGGAGACCGAACAUUAGAGAAACUUGCUUGGCAAUCUCGUUCGCAGAGUCUGCGUCGGUUGACCUCGUGGUAAUAUGGACUUUAAGAUUCAACGACGCGACGGUAACGAGAACCUCUGAAGAACAAUAGGUUUAGGGCCUGUUUACAUGGAGUGGGGGACCCCGGUCUAGUGGGGUUGGUUUCUUUUGUUUUCACGCUCUUUGGGACACAAAACAAAAGAAACCUACCCCACUAGACCGGGGUCCCCCACUCCGUGUAAACAGGGUCUUAAUAAGCAAAACAACAACUUUGCACGUGCUUUACGCUUUUUUGUACAUUUUUUUUACCGUUUUUGCGUGACUACGACGUGAAAAUGCCUAAUUUCGUGUUAUAAUGGAGAAUGUAAACAAGCAAUGAGGAAAUUUUAUUUCGCUUUCUGAACUUGAAUAUGGCCCUUUGGAAUUCAAAUUCAGGAGGGUUCGCGUACAGUUGAAAAAAAAAAGGUAAGUAAGUAGGGAUAAUCGCGAUAAAGACUGAAAGAACGCAAAUUCACUUUUUAAGCGACGUUCUCUUUGCUGUCAUGUCGUUGUAUUUUAAAGUCCCUAAUGACUCUGUAAGAGCGCAUUACGUCGUAAAUUCAAGAUGACGACGAAAACGUCUCAAAUAUUUGACCAAACAAAUGAAUGUGAAACUGAACAACUCCCUCAAUGUGCCUGGUAACGGCGCAACGAAAUGGGUAACCGCGCCUGAAGACUAUGAUUACGUUCAUAACUAUCUUAAAGUUGUACGGGAUAAUUUUGUCAACAUUCUCUGCUCAAUCUAACCUUUUUUCGACCAUAGGUUAUUGUUACAAAUCACACGCCGGAAUAUUUGUGCCGUAAACAGAGUUUACUAGGUGGAGAAUAUCCUUUCCCUCCCCUCCACUGCCAUGUUACUCCCUCCUUCCUCUCCCUGAGUGAUUGGGUGAAUCGACAUCUUGUCAGUUAUUAUCUAUCUAUUUAUUGAUUCACUUAUUAAUCAAUUAAUUUUAGAAAUAUUGUUCAAAUAAGGCCGUAAACUGCUUUUCUACAAAAAUAAAAUUGGAAUCCAAGCUUUCGCCGAUUAAAGGCAUGAUCAGGGAUGGAAAAAAAUAUAUGUAUGUAAUAGGUGUAAGGUAAAAUGUGUAAAAGCGUAAAAAUGAUGCAGUUUAGGGCCUCAUUUCAACAAUUUUUUUAUUUUCAAUCAUGCUGCUAAAGGACAACAUAAAGAUAAUUAAUUAAUUAGUUAAUUAUGUAUUUAGUAUUUAUCAAUUCAUUUUGAACUAGGCAUCACACUUGGGAGGGAUUUCUUUUUCCUUAACAGUACCGUACACGUUCUUAGACCUUUAUUGUCUUUUUACCCCUAUAAGAAUAAGAGAACUGAACUAGAUAAAGUAUACAGCUUUGUAAAUGAAGGUCAUGUACAGUACAUGGACGGGGGGUACACGGUUUUAGUAUUUGACCAGCCUCAAGCGCCGGGAAAACGGUUGCAACAUUGUUGGCCAACAACUCCCAACAUUGUUCGAUGUUACGUGUUGCGUCCGUUUGCACACCCUGUUGCUUGUUGUUGCGUGUUGUUGGGAGUUGUUGCGCAAAGAUUGAAACUGGUCAAACGUUCAGCUAAGGGCCAUCAAUGUUGGGACUUGUUGCGUCCGUUUCACCUAGAUUUAGACUUAAGCUUUCUUAAAACGUUUCUUAUUGCUCCUGUUUUCACAGUAUCCUUCUUCUGAGCGCGGCGAUGUUUUGAUGUUUCUUAGUGGUAUGUCGGAAAUUUCGGCUGUUGUUGACGCCGCAAGGGAAUAUGCACAGCGGACUCGCCGGUGGGUUGUACUGCCAUUGCAUAGUUCACUGUCAGUGGAGGAACAAGACAAGGUAAAAACUGGCUUUUCUUAUUGCGACAGAAGAAAGCUUUUACAUCAGAUAAGGACUGGUUUGGAGCACCACCACCAUGGCGGAUGUAGCCUGCGUAACAAGCGUUUCCGUGCGGUUUCGGAGCAAAAAACGAGGAACGAGGGUCAAAGACAGCGACGAGUUUCUCGGGCGGCUAAAACCAAAAGUCCUGUUCCUCUGUCUUUCUUUGCUUUGAAACCUAACGGAAACGCUUGCUACGUAGGCUAUGACGGAUGUGGCAUCAAGUGAAUAGACUCCAUUGUUGUUCCCCUGUUCCUCCCGUUCCCCUUUGUUCCUCCGUUCCCCCUUGUUCUCCUGUUCCCUUGUUCCCCCUGUUCCCCCUUGUUGCCCGUUCCCUUAUUCCCCUGUUCCCCCAUGUUCCCCCUGUUCUCCUGUUUUCCCUUAUUCCCCUUGUUUCCCUGUUCCCCUUGUUACCCUGUUCCCUUUGUUCUCCUGUCACCCCUUAUUCCACUGUUUCCCCUGUUCCCCUUGUUCCCUUGUUCUCCUGUCUCCUGUUCCCUUGUUUCUUUGCUCCUCUGUUCCCCUGCUCCCCUGUUUCCACUUCUCCCUGUUUUCCAGUCUCGUGUUCCCUGUUUCGUUGUUCCCUUUUUCCUCUGUUUCCCUGCUCCCUUGUUCACUUUGUUCUCCUGUUCCUCUUGUUCCCCUGUUCCCUUUGUUGCCCUUGUUUCCUUGUUUCCCUGUUCCUCUUUUGCCUUGUUCUCCUGUCUUCUGUUCCCCUGUUCCUUUGCUCCUCUGUUACCCUGUUCCGCGAUCCACGACCCACCUACCCACGCGAUUUAGCCAUCCUCGCUUUGAUAAAUAUUUCACUCAUUAUAUUUUCUUUUCUCUAGGUGUUUGAUGUUUCUCCGGAAGGAGUGCGCAAAUGCGUUGUGUCCACGAACAUCGCGGAAACUUCCAUCACUAUUGACGGCAUUAGAUUCAUUGUAGACUCUGGAAAGGUACAUACAUACAGGUUUCUCAGAGACGUAUUAUGAUCCGAACAGGCUAACCCCUCAUUGAAUUGUUCAUUACUGCAGGUAAAAGAGAUGAGUUAUGAUCCCGAGGCUAAAAUGCAGCGACUCCGUGAAUUCUGGAUCAGUCAAGCCAGUGCUGAGCAGCGUAAGGGCAGGGCAGGUGAGACAGGUUCUUUGUCGAGUUUCAGAGAAAAGGGGUAGCCCCUUCUAAAAACCGUGAAUAUUAAGCAAUAAUCGCGUGAGAUUUUUGUGAUACCAGGAAUUAUCGAGGUCGAGGUGAGUGUUAUCAGCCUCGGCCGAAAACAUUAACUCCAGGCCGUUAUUUUUUCGGAUACUCAUAAACCGAAUCUAAUAACUGUUUCAUUAAUUCUUCUGAAGAAAUUGUCGAAAAACAUACCGUCGUCGCUGCUCUUGGAAAUCAUGUAUUGCGCGCGCAUUCCACAGCUACGUCAGUCAUCCGCUAGUAGAUAACUACAGUAUCUAAUCUGUAGGUUGCGCUGCUAUCCAAAAUUAACUAUAAGCUCUCAGCCAAUGAUUACAAUGUACAAAUUUAGAUGGACGAGAAAGUACACUCUUGAAAUGUUUUUUAAAAUGUUUGUGAUUUGGCAACUUUUAAUUCAAUAUUUUCCCUAUCUUUUCAAUGCUGUUUGAUGAUUUUUAAAGCCUGGUUCCUCUUUGGGAACUUUGAAAUAUACUUUUUAUUCAAUUCUCACAACAAGCACUUAAUUCGGACUCUUGAAACUCGUUUAAGAUACAUUUAGGUAUUGUGGGAUGUAAAAUGUGUAAAUUGCUCCAUCACUUUGAUUUCUUUUCUCGUCUUUUCAUUGAUCGACGUCCUUGUGGAAUUUAUUUCAUGACGCACUUAUUCACUUAUUAAUUUUCCUAGUUGCAAUGCAAUGUUUAAUUAAUUCUUUCCCUCUUCUCCCCCUCAGAAUUAAUAAAAAAUUCUUUAAAAGUUCUCAAAAAUAUUCCAAAAUUACCUGAAAAUGUACAUAAAAUCUAAAAUAACAUAAAAUUAAAAAUUCAUAAAAUUGAAAAAUACAGAAAAUCAAAUAAUACACGUAAUACUGUGAUACACGUAAUACACGUAAUACUGUGAUACACGUAAUACACGUAAUACUUAAUAAUGACUAUAUCAACACAACUGGGACCUCCCUGUUUGGUUUCCUCUUGAGCUCGCUAAGUGAUAUUGAAUUUCAAGUGUUUGAGCUAAGGGAGUUACAUGUCUUAAGUGCAUGAUAGAAAAAGAAAUGUUGCGCUGUCUUGUUUAUACUUUGUUUGUGAUGUAUUUCAGGUCGUACAGGUCCAGGUGUGUGCUUUCGUUUGUAUUCAGAAAGUGACUACCACGCCUUUUCACAGUACACCACUCCUGAGAUCCAUCGGGUGCCCCUGGACUCCAUUAUCCUCCAAAUGGUGUCCCUCGGUAUCACCCACAUUCGGGAGUUUCCAUUUAUAGAACCGCCUCCUGCCUCGAAUGUGGAAAAUUCAAUCCACUUUCUUAAACAGCAAGGCGCGCUGACAGACAGCGAGAACUUGACUCCCAUUGGUCACAUGCUGGCCCAGUUGCCUGUUGAUGUCGUCGUGGGAAAAAUGCUGCUGAUUGGUUCGGUUUUUCACGUGAUUGAGCCCGUGAUGGUUAUUGCCGCGGCUCUUAGUGUCCAGUCUCCUUUCACUCGAAGGCUCGAUCAUGAUCCGGAUGUGACGUCACUGCGGCAGCACUUAGAGUCUGAUCAUGGCGACCCCUUUACUCUGCUGAAUGCUUAUGACGAGUGGUUACAGGUGAGACCUUUUUAACCAUAUAACGUAAAGUACCCUCAGAAAGAGCCGUGGAAAAGCACAUAGAUAUCACAUUUUUUCUAUAUCAGUAAAGCUGUUAUCGUCGCAUAAAAAUAGAGCAGCAAUUUUGAUGGUAACGAUUAGCCGGAAUAAACGAGAGAAGUUUUUUUAUUCUGUAAGGCAUUUUUCGUUGAAAGCACGCAUAUACUUAUACAAUACGGUAAAAAAACUCUGCCUCUCUUUUGCUCAGCGACCCGUGUAAAUGUAUUUUAGAAACAAAGCGAAUGACUGCAGAGUGUUUAUGGAAACUCCAGUCAUGAGCCGCUCAAAAUACAUGUAUGUAGCACACAUACCGCAGUGGUAAGAACCUUUGUGUCUGAUAAUUGAUAUUGCUAACAAUGUGCUUAACUGGCAGUAGCUGAAACACUGUUGUCUACAACGUUUUGACUUUCCAGAUAAAAAGCCGUAAAGGCUUGUCAAGAAAAUGGUGCAGACGGCGAGGUCUAGAAGAACAACGCUUCUAUGAAAUAUCGAAACUUAAGCGCCAGUUUGAGCAGUUACUUCGGGAUCAUCGUUUGAUCGAACAAAACGAGCGAGAUAAAGAUGAGUACGAGCUUGAUCGUGAGGAGGAUAAAUGGCGCAAGUUAAAGAAGCUAAAACGAGACCAUCGGAAGUCGUCGAGGAAGACAAAGAUGCUGAAACUCGACGAAGACGGUUGCAGUGAAAGUGAAGACAAUAGUGCGUCUGACAUUCGUGACCUUGAGUUCAAACUGACGCACGACCUUGACAAACUGCAGGCCGGGAGUGCAGCUAGACGCAGUUUUACGCUGCGAGAAAUAAAUCUUCUUAAGAUCAUUCUCUGCAGUGGAUUGUACCCCAACCUUGCCGUUGCCGAUGAAGGCAAUUCAGGGAAGAGGGACUCCGAACAGCUCUUUCACAGUCAAUCAAAGCAGUUUCUUCUUAUUCACCCCACCAGUGUGUUUGCUACCCGCCCGGACAUCUUGCUGCCCAUUGAAGCCCCGACAACUCAACCCACACCAUCCAAGCAACAGACCCAGUCUUCUAGCAACCAUCAGCUGCUAACAUUUGUUUCUCUCUUAGAAACUAACAAGCCAUAUUUGGUUAAUGCCAUGCGCGUGCCAGCUCUCCAAACUCUUCUGCUUUUUGCGCAGAGCUUGGAUACUAACGCUGAUCUAACUCGCUUUGUUGUCGACUGCUGGAUUGAAAUCUGUCUCCCAGACAGCGCUUCGGGACACAAAGUACUUACCGCUGUUAUGCAGCUACGUGUAACGUGGGCGCUCCUGAUAAAGCUUCGUUUUGUUGUAAGUGAAGACACGGAAAGGGAAGAACGUAGUUCAGCAACUCGACGUAACAAAGAACGCGACCUGGAGCAUGUUUUGGCGAAGAAGCUCGCCGAAUUUCUUGAUAGCGAUGUUCGUUACUCGCUUCGACGCCUUCUGCCAUCUGAAAGCCAGCAUUUGUACUUCGGUCCGAUUAGGCAAACGGAGGAGUACGUCGAAUUUAAGGGAGAGUUCUCUUUCGCAGCUGCCUCGGAGCCACAUCCAGUCAAAGGAGGCUUUCGUGUGAAUGAUUAUCUAACCUACAACUGCCUUCAAGACACCCUUAUGGCCGAGGCUGCUUCAGCCGCAGCUCAAUAUAUUGCUAAACAUUGGCGCUGCGAGAAAUGUGGAAAGAAAAUGUUGGUAACUGUCUUGGAAAGAUUGCAGCAUCAAGAAGAAUGCCAGCAUGAUGAGCCCUCAGGCGACUCAGCGGUCAGUGACCCAGGGCCCACGCAGUCGCAGACGAAAAACAAAGAAUCUGCAGCCGAGUCGUCUAUUGAACGUUUAAGGAACCCUUACUAUUGCAGCACGUGUCAGCAGCAAUUUUCUUUUACAAGUACUGAGAUUUUAAAGCAUAAAAGAUCUCAUGCUGCAGCCACUUAAACUUCUAUGGCGUUUGUUGUAGGCCGACCCUAAUAGUUCAUUUCGAAACGUGUCGAGCAGUGCUAUUCCUGCCUGCCUAAUAUAAGCCUUUAUCGCUUCUGGGUAGUCAGACAUAUUGCCGUAGCUCAUUAUAGUAUAACCUUCUUGCCCAAGCGAAUACGAAAGUAGACAACUGAGCAACUUUGGGGUUAAUCUAAGAACUUUUCUGAUCAUCUCCCUUUUUAGAAAAAUCUCCAUUAGGCCAGGUAUUUAACAUCUUAGGACUCACAUCAAAAGAAGAAACUUUCGAUUAUUCAUGUAAUAACACUAACAGAAGUCGCUUAAAAAUUGAAACAACGUUUUGAAGCCCCGUUAUAUUAGUCAUCAAAUCCUAUUACUAAACACAUUGGUGUCGUGUAGCUUAAACUUAAGAC